AUGAAGAGGCAAGGCUGGGGGGAUGCGGAGUUCCUCCAGGAUUGGGCGCUGAGCAAGACCGGCGACGGCGCAGCCGAGCGCGGAGGGCACAUCUUGGUGGGAGCGAUGCCGGAAAGUGCCGGGAGCCCUGGCGGAGCCGAAGGGACCCAGACAGCCUUGGAGUUGGAAGUCCCGUCUCGGGGAAGCUCUCCGUGCUCGGAGCAAAUGCCCGGGAGCACUGAAGGGUAUCCCGCCGAAGGAUUAGAAGGCUGUCCCGGGGAGGCACCGGUGCAGUAUGGGGUGAGUUAUCCUUGUCUUCUGCAUCAAAACCAAGUGCUUCUGACAGCCCUAGAGGAGUUGCAGAUGCGCUGUGCCAGCCUGAAGAAGGAAAACGGUCUGCUGCGUAAGACCUGCUUCCCGGAGACUCAAGAGAAGGUGAGGCAUUUGAAGAGGAAGAAUGCAGAGCUGGCGGUCAUUGCGAAACGUUUGGAGGAGAGAGCCAGGAAGCUGCAAGAGGCCAACCUCAGAGUGGUGAAUGCACCAAUAAAUGUGAAGAGCUCCUGUGCAGGACUGUGCAAAAGAGCGCUGGCGCGCCAACGGGCUACAGAUCUCCAAGAACAAGCCAAUGCACUCCUGAUGAAAGACAAACAAAUCAAUGCUCUGCAGAGGGAAUGUCAAGAACUUCAAGCUAAAAUCAUGGAUGGAAAGGAAGGUCCUCCAUGUCUGCCUCUUCUAGAUUUCCAGCAUUUACUCCGAGAAUCUCAGAAAGAAGUGCUGCGGUUACAGAGACAGAUUGCUCUGAAGAAUUUUAAGGCAGCCCUGGAGCCCUGUGGCCAGGGAUCAGAACACUUUUCUGUAGCUUUUGCAAUGGACUUGGGGCUCAUCACCUCAGACAGGACUAUUUGCUCAAAUGGUUUUUCUCCUACAAGAGUAUCACAGCCAUGGGAGGAACUGUGCAUAGCAGUGGAGGAGACCAGCCAGUCAGAGACGGGACUGUUUCCUUUCGGAAGAGCGCAAAGAAUAGAAGACACAUUGAUUUCUGCCCCUGAAGUUAAAGAGCACGUGAAGCAUUUGGACUCUGAGCUCACCAAGAAGAGGAAGCAAUGUGAACAUCUGGAGCAUGAAGUAAAGAAGAAGCACAAGAGAUGUGUAGAGCUUGAGAUCGAACUUCAGGAAGUGCGGAGUGAUAAUGCCCGACUCUCUGAGGAGAACGCCGUGUUACAGGGGCAAGUCGAGUGGACAGAGAAGGUUGAAUCUGAAAAUGCUGACUUAAGGCUGCAGGUUUCUGUAGUGACUGAGGAACGGGAUUCAGCUCUUCAGAAAACCCAGGAACUCCAGGACAGGCUGGAGAGUCUCGGGCAGGCACUUAAGCACAUGAGAGAUGUUGCAGAACGAAGGCAGCAACUGGAACAUCAGCAUGAGAAGGCCUUGCAGGCCUUGCAGAAGAAAAAAGAUGAAGUCCGACAGCUGCAGCAGGCUCAGGCUGAAGCUAGGAAAAAACAUGAAGGAGCAGUGCAGCUUUUAGAGAAUUCCUUGGAUUCUAUGCAGGCCCGUGUGAGAGAGUUGGAAAACCAAUGUCGCAGCCACACAGAACAGUUUAACUUCCUCUCUCAGGAACUCAGUCGAUUUCACCUCCAAACUGGGAAAUUAGGUCUUCCAUCCACCUCCUCCUUCUGUUCUUCCCUGGUGACUUCAGAGAUUGUCUUUGCUACUUGCCAGAGUUCUCCACAGCUCCCCAAUGGCUUCAAGCAGAAAGCACGUUUGCUUUUCUGUGGCAAGGAACAAAAUAGGGGAAAGCUCCUGCAAGCUACUGUUGAGAAUGCAGCAAAACGUGAUGUACAAUGUUUGGUUUCAGAUCCAGAAAUUGUCCCUGUAUCCCCACGGAGCAGUAUAAAAGUUCAAGAUGAAGAGGUGGAAAGGUUCUCCCCAGUGGCACUCCGGCUCACGGAUCCUGUGGUGUCUCCUGUGUCCCGAAGUCCAGAUACAAGCAGUCCCCCAGGUGCCUCAAAAAAAGCAAUCAAGAAAUUGGAAGCUCAGUCCAGCUCUUCCAGAUCUGAGUCCAUGCACAACAACAGCCCCAAAUCCUGCCCCACUCCUGAGAUGGAUACAGCCAGUGAAAUGGAAGAAUUGGACAUUGACAGCAUCUCAUUAGUACCUGAGCAGGAGAACCAUGAUCCAGUAAAACUUCAGGUCUUCUUGGCUCGAUAUAGUUAUAAUCCUUUUGAUGGUCCCAAUGAGAAUCCUGAGGCUGAACUACCACUUACGGCUGGCGAGUAUAUUUAUGUUUAUGGAGAAAUGGAUGAAGAUGGCUUUUUUGAAGGGGAGCUGAUGGAUGGCCGGAGAGGCCUUGUCCCUUCCAACUUUGUGGAGCGACUUGCAGAUGAUGACCUGGUUGCUUUCUUGCCUCAGGAACUCCAUGAUCUCUCCCAAAGCUCCCCUCUUGAGCGGAGUUUUCUCAGCAUAAGUAUCAGCAGUGGAGAGAGAAGUGAUUAUUCAUCGGAGGAGCUCAAUGCCAGCACAGCUCCCUCUAGGCUAGAAGGGGACCAAGGAGAAGGAGGUAUUUCCAUUGCAGUGCCUUAUCCCAGAAAGGUGACUCUAAUCAAACAGUUUGCCUCUAGUCUCUUGGUGACAUGGGAUCCACCACUGGUGCCUAGUGGAAGCUGCUUGGAUAUCCAGAGCUACAAUGUCUAUGUGGACACUGAACUCCGGGAAAAUGUGAAGGCCGGUUCCCAGAUGAAGGCCAUGAUUGACAAACUGGACUUGAAAACAAAAGCCUAUCGCGUCUCCAUACAGAGUGUUUCAGAGAAAGGGAGCUCAGACAGACUGCAGUGCACGUUCCUGGUGGGGUGUGGUUUUGUCUUGGCUCCAAGUCAGCUUCAAGUGCGGAGUGUCAAGGCCACUUCUGUGGAGCUCUCCUGGAUAUCGAGCAACAGCAAUUUCUCACAUACCAUAUACCUCAACGGGGGAGCGUGUGAUAUAGUGAAGGCUGGAAUAUAUUGGUACACGUUUCGCAACCUGAACCCAAACACUUCCUACAUUGCCACAGUCGAAAUCCAGCCGCAGCAGACUUUCUGGAAACCAUUCCCAGAAGGGGAAGAGCAGGCCUUGUCCACAGAGAUCCAGUUCACUACAUCUUCAGCAGGGUCUCCAGAUGCUCCGCUGGAUGUCCGAGUGGAUCCUGGCCCCACAUCUGGUAUUCUGGUCAUCAGCUGGUUGCCAGUCACCAUUGAUGCUGAAGGAUCAUCCAAUGGAGUGCGUGUCACUGGCUAUGCAGUGUAUGCUGAUGGACAAAAGGUGAUGGAAGUUACCUCUCCAACAGCUGGUAGUGUCCUGAUUGAGAUUUCCCAGCUGCAGAUCCUCCAGCUCUGUCAGGAAGUGACUGUAAGAACGGUGUCUCUUUAUGGGGAAUCGGUGGAUUCUGUGGCAGCUCAGAUCCCUUCGGCAUUGUUGGAAGAAGUAGAGCGCUCUUCUGAAUCUCAAUUUCGUGGUCGUCCCUCCCGGCUUCUGGGUGGGGGAGCACCGGCUCUUGUCACACGAACUUCUCAGGUUCCAGGGAAAGAACUGCCUUCUGCCACUAAGAACUCAGUUGCCAAACUCACCUUGCAGACCACUAUUACCAGUGAAAAAUCUGGGGAUCAAGUGCAUUCAGAGACAUCCUCCAAUGUCAAGGUUCCCUUGACACCAACGGUGCAAGCCGUGUCACCAGAACUUGGAACUCUUCCAGGAGAAGAAGGGAAUUACCUUCUGCCCUCUGCAGGCAGUGUGGUGAAGGAAGAUCUGACUGUGCUCAAGAAGGAGAAAUCUGGAGAAGACAGCCAGGAACUGCUGCUCACCGUGACAAAACAGGAGCUGCACAGUUCAGACAGUGGUGCUAUUAGCCUAGAGACCUGUGGAAGCUGCCCUGCAGAACAGGAGACAAGUGCCCCACCAGAAAGAGAGCCAGAGAACAACCAGAGCUCCCUGGAGCCAAAGAUACCACCCACGGACAGACCUUCCAUGCAAGAAGACGACAGCACCUGGGAGGUGGGCCAAAGCGAAGGACAAACUCCAGAGCCUUUAGUCGAGUCUUCAGGGAGGAUGAAGCCGUUGAAAGAAGGCUCCAGAGAUGACGCCUCUCAGCUGGUGGCCAGGAGCAGAAGAGAGCAAGCAGAGAAAAGGUCAGAACCAGGAAAUCGACCACUAAAUAUUUUAACUGACCACAAUCGUGGUUCUGACCUUUCUGAUAUUACGGAGGAGGAGGAGGAGGAGGAUGAGAAGGAGGAGGAAGAAGAGAAACCAGUUUCGGGUAGGCCAGGGGAGAUGAAAUGGAAUCCAAGUGAAUAUUGCAGCAGAGAAAAUGGAGACAAGUUGGAUCUUGGUGAUACUGACAGCGAUGAAGAAAUCUUGGAACGGAUUCUGGAAAUGCCACUGCAAAAAAAAUGCAGCAAGGCUCUGUUUAGUAUUCCUGAAGUGACUGAAGAGGAAGAGGAGCAAGAACAGGAAGAUGAUGGUGAUGAUGAUGAUGAUGAAGGCUGGGACCCUGUCCUAAACCAACCUAUUUCCAUCCCUCUGGAAAAGAAGACUGUGGAAAGCUUCCAGAGUAAGCUUCCUAAUCAUACCAGAAGAACACAAAGUCCUCUCGGUUCUUGGUCUAAAAAAAACCACAAUCUUUCAGAGCUGAUCUUACCUGAAAGGACCCUUCUACAGAAAUUUAGAGGAGAAUGUAUGAAUGAAACGUCCAGUUGCUCUGGAAGAUGGGAUGGUGAAGAUAUGACCUAUCAGUGGGAUGAUAGAAAGAAACCAUCAAGAUCUCCUCUUUUGGAAUGGAGAAGAUCCAGUCAUUGCAAGGAGAAGACCCGUGUCCAACCCCAGGGACAUAGGAAGCGAAAAGGAGACAUCCGAGAGCCCAGUGUUUCUCUGCGGAGCAAUUCCUACUACACUGGAGGGGGUCUUUACAGAGCACAGAGCCUCACAGAGAAUUUGGAUGUGAUCACCAGCCUUGAGAUGGAGGAUGACUUGAAGCUGUGCAGCUGGGCAGGACAAAGGCCUGAUCAAGUUCCUUCAAGGAGAAUGAUGCCCCAAGAGAAAAGGGAGAAAGCUGUGCAAGGCCUCCCCCGCUGCCUCAGCCCAGAGAAUUUGGAGAUAGACAUUGAGUAUGAUUCAAACGAGGAAGAGGAUUUAACCAUCACUUCCACACCAGUGAGCCUGUUGAGUUCAGAUGGGAGGGCUGAUGGAUCACCAACAGAUUGUGAGGAGGAAUGGAGUGAUUGCUCCAGCCAGUCAGGAUCAAUCCAAUCCAGUGCGCGACGAGAACUGAAGCGAUCCAGUAGUUGGGAGGGAGAGAGCACGGAUUGGAGCACAUCUCCCAGCCAUUCACCUGGACAUUGUGGAUGGAGGAAGAAGGCCAGUGGUGCCCCAGAAGAGUGGAACAGGACUCGGGAGAAAAGCCCCUCUGUCUUGGGAGCCAGGCCAGAGCAGGCUUGGAAGGAGGGCCCACUUGUGCAAACAUGGGUGACAGGUAGUCCCGGGUUGUUGGACUCAACAUCGUAUCAGUCACCUGUCCAGAGAGACAGAAGAACUCCGAGAAAAAGUCAAGAAGGGACCCUAUCUCCCAAUGGAACUAUUGGAACUUGGAGGAAUCCUUCCCUUGAAUCAGCAGAUGAUAAGGGCUCAAUGCGUCUGUUUGUGGCUCUUUUUGACUAUGACCCUGUUUCGAUGUCCCCUAAUCGGGAUGCUGCUGAAGAGGAGCUCCCAUUUCAAGAGGGCCAGAUUUUGAAGGUCUAUGGUCACAAAGAUGCAGAUGGUUUCUACAGAGGGGAAUGUGCAGGAAGAACAGGGUUCAUACCCUGCAACAUGGUAUCUGAGCUCCGGGUGGACAGUGACAGUGCGAGAAAACAGCUGAUAGAAGAAGGCCACAUUUCUACUGAUAUGCUGAUGGAAAGUCUAGAAGCACCUGGAAAGCAAAAUCCGAGUUCUGAGGACCCUACAAGAACAAUGGUGGCCAUUUUUGACUACAAUCCCCAAGAAAAUUCUCCCAAUCCAGACACCGAGGUUGAGCUCAGAUUUUGUGCUGGGGACAUUGUGACUGUGCUCAGUUCCAUGGAUGAUGAUGGGUUCUAUUACGGGGAGGUAAAUGGACAGAAAGGUCUUGUCCCAUCUAAUUUCCUGGAAGCUUUGCCAUCAGAUGGAGCAUUGGCAAGUGAGCCAAGCCUUGGAAGGCAGCGAGUUAGAAAAAGAAGAAUCCAGUGAUGCGUGUGAGAAAGUCAAGAGGAAGAGAG